AUGACGACAAGUAUUUUCAUAUUUCUUCUAUCGUUCACAAUUCAACAGAUUCGAGCGGAUUGUCAGAAUGAAACAUCAGCAGAGUCAACGUUUGUCUAUCGACGCGUAUGUUAUUUUGCAAAUUGGGCCGCAAAGCGAUAUGAUAAUAUCAGUCGUUUAACUCCUGAGGAUAUCGAUCCAUUCUUAUGUACACAUAUCAAUUUUGCUUUCGGAAAAGUUUUAGAAAGCUUGAACAUCGCACCGUACGAAGAAGAUGAUUUGAAAGGUUGGACAGCGAAUUCGAAGGGCAUUGUGGGAGGAUGGACACAUGCAUCGCGUGGUUUUAAUGAAGUAUCGAAAAGUGCUGCAAAUAUAAAAACGUUUGUCAAGAAUAGUGUGAAAUUCCUACGUGAUAAUAAAUUCGAUGGAUUAGAUUUAGAUUGGGAAUAUCCAGGAGCGAAAGAUCAAGGUGCUGAACCUCAUUCAAAAACCGGUUACACGAAAUUAGUCAAAAAAUUAAGUCGAGUGUUCAAACGUGAAGCCGAACGAACGGGCCAAGAAAAACUUCUACUAACUUGUGCUACAGCUGCAGCGCGGCAUCGAAUUGAAGCUGGUUAUGAAGUUGAAGAAGUUUGCAAAUAUUUUGAUUUCGUCUCUGUGAUGACUUAUGAUUAUCAUGGUAGUUGGGACGGUAAAACCGGACAUAAUAGUCCAUUGUAUGCGAUGCGAAAUGAACGGAAGAAGUUUCGUGAAUGGAAUAUAAAUAGUUCAAUGCAUGUGUGGGAAGAACUCGGUUGUCCGAAAGAGAAAUUGAAUAUUGGCCUUUCGGCUUAUGGACGAGCCUUUUCAUUAUUUGGAGAAACGGGUAUGAAUAAUGGUAAACCAGUCUCGAAGAAGAAAUCGUCGAUCGGCGUGAAAGCAAGUGCAGCUGAAGCAGGAAAAUACACACGAGAAGCGGGAGUUUUAGCUUAUUACGAAAUAUGUGAAUUAUUACAAAAUAAUCCAAGUAAUCGUGUGUUUUGGCAUCGACAGAUGAGUGUGCCCUAUGUCGCAAGUAAAAGUUUAUGGAUUGGCUUCGAUAACGUUCGUAGUGUCACACUCAAAAUGCAAUUCUUGAAAGAUCAUGGAUAUGGCGGUGUGAUCAUUUGGUCUCUCGAUCUCGAUGAUAAAACAGGCGAAACUUGUCAUGAAGGACCCUUUCCGAUUUUUAAUGCAGCAAAGCGCGAGCUACUGAUCUUACCUGAGCAUCUUGCGGAUAGAAAUAAGAAAUGUUCAGAUGAGAAUGUUACUGUCACAAGUGAACAUCUCCAUUCGAAAAUGACUCAAGUAAAACACAAUAUUUUCUUUCUGUUUUACUUGGUGUUAUUAAAUCUCAUCUAA